CACUAAAUCAACCUGUCUUGUUGAAAAGUUUGAGUCAUGUCGGUCCUACCGCUCCGGGAGAGGAUCCUCUCCUCCCUGCGCGCAGCGUGGAGGUUUAAAAACGGAGUUAUCAUCCUGUGCACACCCUUCCUCCUACUCCCGCUGCUGCUCGUCAUUGGAACCACGGAGUCAGCAUGUGGCUAUGUGAUAGCCCUGAUGGCAGUGUACUGGUGUACUGAGGUGUUACCCCUGGCUGUGACAGCUAUCCUGCCCACUGUUAUCUUCCCUCUGUUGGGCAUCAUGGAAUCAAAAGAUGUGUGUAUGCAGUACCUGAAAGACACCAACAUGCUGUUUGUGGGGGGGCUGAUGGUCGCGGUAGCGGUGGAGCACUGGAACCUUCACAAGCGCAUCGCCCUCAGGGUUCUGCUUAUCGUGGGGGUGCGGCCUGCCCUGUUGAUGCUGGGUUUCAUGGGAGUAACAGCCUUCCUCUCCAUGUGGAUCAGCAACACAGCAACAACCGCCAUGAUGGUUCCCAUCGUACAGGCCAUGCUUGACCAGCUCAACAGCCCCCAGGACUCCCAGAAAAACCCCAGCAGCCAGAAAGGUGAUGCAGUGCCCCGGAGCAAACACCACAAGGACGAAAAGAUCACCAGCUUACAAGUCAUUCCUCUGAGUACUCUGGAGAAUGGUCUGAGCGGUAAAGCCUUUCAGCAAGAGAAAAACUGUAGUGUACAACACAAUGUGACCUCUCAGGAGAAAACAGAAUUGGACGAUGUGCCAGACAGCCAGGACAGAGUUACCCCCCGUGUCAAAGCGACAUCCCAGGAUAAACCUCCCCCAGACAACACAAGUGGGAAACAGAACGAUGGCAACGCGGUGCUGUCCAUGGUGGGAGUGAGGUUCCAGGAUGAGCUAGUGGAGAUUGGCGUGGAGGAAGAGGAGGAGGAGGAGAGGAAGAGGAUGUGUAAAGGUCUUUUGCUGUGUGUGUGUUAUGCUGCCAGCAUUGGAGGAAUUGCUACCCUCACAGGGACUGGACCCAAUCUGGUUCUUAUCGGGCAAAUGAACCAACUAUUCCCUCAGAAUGGUGAUGUCAUCAACUUUGCCUCCUGGUUUGCCUUUGCUUUCCCCACCAUGCUGCUAAUGCUGGUUCUGGCCUGGUUCUGGCUGCAGUUCCUCUAUAUCGGUUGCAACCUGCGGCGUUCAUGGGGCUGUGGUGCGGCCCCCUCAGAGAAGGAGCAGGCAGCGUACAAUGUGAUCCGGGAGGAGCACCAGCGGCUUGGGCCCAUGUGUUAUGGAGAGAUCAGCGUCCUGGCGCUUUUCAUCCUCUUAGUGGUUCUGUGGUUCACGAGAGAUCCAGGCUUCGUCGAUGGGUGGGCCACGAAUGUCUUUAAUGCAAAGGCAGAGUUUGUGACAGAUGCGACAGUGGCAGUGUUUGUGGCUGUGCUGCUGUUUGUUUUGCCCUCUGAGCCCCCCCGUCACCUCUGCUGCUGGAGGAGUACUGACGCAGAGUUUUGGGUGGGCCGUGAGCCAGCUCCUGCCCUGCUGACCUGGCAGGUGACUCAGAGGAAGAUGCCCUGGAACAUUGUGCUGUUGCUGGGGGGAGGCUUUGCCCUGGCCAAGGGCAGCGAGGAGUCUGGUUUGUCUCGCUGGCUGGGGGCUCAGAUGACCCCUCUCCACUCCAUUCCCUCCUGGGCCAUCGCCAUAGUCUUGUGUCUCCUCGUCGCCACUUUCACUGAGUGUGCCAGCAACGUUGCGACCGCAACACUCUUCCUGCCCAUCCUGGCCUCCAUGUCCCAGUCCAUUGGCGUGAACCCGUUGUAUGUGAUGGUCCCCUGCACCCUCAGUGCCUCCUUUGCCUUUAUGCUACCAGUGGCCACGCCCCCUAAUGCCAUUGUCUUUUCCUAUGGCUAUCUCAAAGUGUCUGACAUGGCUAGAACAGGUGUGGUGAUGAACAUCAUUGGGAUUCUCUGCAUCACCCUGGCUAUCAACAGCUGGGGUCGAAUCCUGUUUCAUCUGGACACCUUCCCCUCCUGGGCAAAUACCACACUGGCUGUCUAGGAAUAGUGUGCUUCUAUUUUACCAAAACACAAGGACUAUGUGACUACACGUGUGCUGUCAAACUAGGAUGCCAACACAGAAACUUGGCUAAGAUGUUUAGUAAGAGGAGAUCACCCUGCUAUAUCUGUAAAUACCUCUAAGAAUUAAGUACUCUCACACCAUGCUCACAAUGUCAUUGCCAUUAAGACAUGGUCUUACUCUGUUAUAUAUACAUUGACGUAUGUGCCAUGACCAAACACAUAAAAAAUUUUGUUUAUUGUUGUAAAUGAUAAUGAUUUUUUUAUAAUUUACAAAAAAACUCUUACUUACAGUUAUAUAUUUAAAAGUGUGGCAUUUUGUGGAAUAACAUUGUAUUUUUAUGUGAAGAAAUUUAUAUUGUACGUAGGUACAUUUUUGCGCUGUCCUGUUUCUAACAGUUUUGUUUCGUGUUAAUAAACUUGUAUCUCUAAAGAUGCUUAUGAAAUAUCUGUGGGCACAAUAGGUUAAUGGUCUCUGUAAUAGGUGUAAAACUCUUCAUGUUAGCACAACUAUUUGCAGCAGAUGUUUGACCUCAGCUUAAGUUUGACUGUUGACCAUUGUGACUCUUCAGUAUUAGUGUAGCCUUUGUUCUUCACUCAAACUUGUAUUUUUCGAGAAAGAUUUUUUUUUCCUGGACAAGAUUUACGUAACUCAAA